AUGCGGAUUAAAGAAAAUGGACACGGAACCGAUUUGUGGCGCUGGGUUCCAUCACAGCUGAAUGUGGCUGAUUUGGCCACGAAAUGUUCAAAGUUUGGCAAUAUGCAUGAGUGGUUGCGAGGUCCAGACUUCCUUCAUCGCGACAGUAUGUACUGGCCUACUGAGGAACCAUUGGCGAUGUCUACUGCAGAGCUGGUAAAUUUUCAAUCUGAAAUCAUCGUCGAUAGUAGCACCAAUCUGUUGUGUUACACUGUACACGAAGAAGCAUCGAUUGAGCUGCCCGACAUUUCAAGGUUCUCAGAUUUCAAUAGGCUGAUCAGAUCAACCGCAUACUACCUGAAAAUGAGAAAACUGUUAGUAUUGCCAAGAUCCGAGAAACCUGAUCGUUUGACGUUAUCUGUUCAAGAAAUAUCCGACGCUAGAAAUAAUUGGUACAAGAAAGUACAAGCUGAAGUCUUUGGGUCAGAGCUGUUUAAUCUGAAGAAGACAGGAUAUGUGAAAGCUAACAGCCGAUUAAGAACGUAUUCUCCAUUUCUCCACAAUGGAAUCAUCCGCAUGCGAGGUCGUGUUCAAGAUAACAACCAGUCGUUCGAAGUAAACAACCCCGUGAUUCUACCUGACAAUCAUCCGUUUUCAACAUUGAUCAUUCGUAUGUAUCACAUCGCGAACGCGCAUCAGGGGUUGGAGGCUGUCAUCAAUAACGUCAAGGAACGCCACCGUAUACUGAAGAUCCGUUCGCAAGUAAAGAAGUAUGCACUGUCUUGUGUGAGGUGUCGAGAACUGAGAGCGAAACCAACUGUUCCGCAAAUGGGAAAUCUACCACCGGAAAGAACGACUCCGUUCGCGUAUCCGUUCACCUGUACCGGAAUCGAUUAUUUCGGACCGCUAUCUGUGAAGGUCGGCCGUCAUCUAGAGAAGAGAUGGAUAGUGCUGUUUACCUGUAUGACAUCAAGAGCAGUACACCUGGAGAUUGUGCCGUCACUCGAUACGAAUAGCUGUUUAAUGGCCAUACGAUGUUUUAUGGCUAUCCGUGGUCUACCGCAGUUCAUCAUGACCGAUAAUGGGACUAACUUCAUCGGUGCUGACCAAGAGUUGAAGACACUGGUAAAAACACUCGAUCAGCCGCAGAUCGAAAGUUCCUUGAGCGUUAGGGGUGUGCAGUGGAAAUUUAUACCGCCUGGCGCUCCGCAUUUCGGAGGUUGCUGGGAGCGACUAGUGCGUUCAAUCAAAACCGCUCUUCGUGCGAUGCUGCGGGAACAACACCCUACGGAUUUAGUGCUUCGAACAGCAUUGUGCGAAGCAAUGAAUAUUGUCAAUAAUCGACCGCUAACGCACGUUGCCGAUGACCCCCUGGAUCCGGAACCGUUAACGCCAAACAUGUUACUACUGGGACGUAACAAUAUAAUUCAGUUUGAUCACGAUUUCGACGAAAGGGAUCUGGACUGUCGUGCUGCCUACAAACAUUCGCAGAUAUUUGCUGACCGUUUCUGGCGCAGAUGGGUAGCAGCGUACCGUCCGGAGCUCAUCCGGAGUCGCAAGUGGCCCGACAACAGAUUGUAUCACGAAUACAAAGUUGGCGACCUUGUGAUGAUUGUGGACGAAUCAUUACAUCGUGGCAAUUGGCCAAAGGGUGUAGUGGAAAAAAUCUAUCGUGGACCAGAUGGAAAUAUAAGAACUAUUGAAAUCAAAACUUCCAAAUCAACCUAUAAGCGACCUGUCAGCAAAAUCGUGUUGCUUGAAGCCAUCACCUCGGUUCCUGGGCCGGAGAAUGUUGCCAACACUGCAGCAGCGAGAACAUCUGUGACGUCAUAG